AUGUACUUUCACAUUUCUGUUUUUUUUUUUUUUUCUCCAACAAAUCAUGUCAAUCCUGGAGAAAAACCUUUGAGUUGCUCUCAAACCAAACAGAAUGAUUUAAAGAAAAGAGGGGCCAAGAAAUCUUUUACAUGCACUCAGUGUGGAAAGAGUUUGACAAGAAAAUAUGGUCUUGAUGUUCACAUGAGAAUUCACACUGGAGAGAAACCAUUCACUUGUGAUCAGUGUGGGAAGAGUUUCACACAAUCGUUAAGCUUUAAGGUACACAUGAACAUCCACACUGGAGAGAAACCAUACAAGUGUUCACACUGUGACAAGAGAUUCAGUCGGUCAGGACACCUGAAGAAACACAAGGUAGUCCACACUAGAGAGAAACCACACACGUGUGAUCAGUGCGGGAAUAGUUUCUCACAAAAAACAAGCCUUAUGAUACAUAUGAGAAUUCAUACAGGAGAGAAACCGUUCACAUGUAAUCAAUGUGGAAAGAGUUUUGCAUUCUUAGCAAACCUUAAGGUACACAUGAACAUCCACACUGGAGAAAAACCUUAUAAGUGUUCACACUGUGACAAGAGAUUCAGUCAGUCAACACAUCUGAAAACACACGAGAGGAUUCACACUGGAGAGAGACCGUACACAUGUGAUCAGUGCGGGAAGAGUUUUGCACGGAAAGAAAUCCUUAUGACACAUAUGAAAGUUCAUACAGGAGAGAAACUGUACACAUGUAAUCAAUGUGGAAAGAGUUUGAAAUGCAAAUAUAGUCUUGAGCUUCACAUGAGAGUUCAUACUGGAGAGAGACCGUACACAUGUGAUCAGUGCGGGAAGAGUUUCACACAAUCAUCACGCCUUAAGAAACACAUGAGCAUCCACACUGGAGAGAAACUGUACUCAUGUGAUCAAUGCGAUAAAACAUUUUUGAGGGCUUCAGUCCUAAAGAAACACUUGAGAGUACACAUGAACAUCCACACUGGAGAGAAACCUUAUAAGUGUUCACACUGUGACAAGAGAUUCAGUCAGUCAACACAUCUGAAAACACACGAGAGGAUUCACACUGGAGAGAGACCGUACACAUGUGAUCAGUGCGGGAAGAGUUUUGCACGGAAAGAAAUCCUUAUGACACAUAUGAAAGUUCAUACAGGAGAGAAACUGUACACAUGUAAUCAAUGUGGAAAGAGUUUGAAAUGCAAAUAUAGUCUUGAGCUUCACAUGAGAGUUCAUACUGGAGAGAGACCGUACACAUGUGAUCAGUGCGGGAAGAGUUUCACACAAUCAUCACGCCUUAAGAAACACAUGAGCAUCCACACUGGAGAGAAACUGUACUCAUGUGAUCAAUGCGAUAAAACAUUUUUGAGGGCUUCAGUCCUAAAGAAACACUUGAGAGUUCAUACAAAGGAGAAGCCACAUUCAUGUUAUUUGUGUGGAAAGAGUUUUUCACGUUUUUCAAUUUUGAAAGUGGAAGAGUACAUGUGCUUUAAUUGUGAAAAGACUUUUACGUCAGCGACCUGUACAAAACUGCAUGAGAGGAUCCACACUGGAGUGAAACCUUAUAAGUGUUCACACUGUGACAAGAGAUUCAGUCAGUCAGCACAUCUUAAAAUACAUGAGAGGAUCCACACUGGAGUGAAACCUUAUAAGUGUUCACACUGUGACAAGCGAUUCAGUCAUUCAUCAAAUCUGAAAACACAUGAAAUGAUCCACACUGGAGAAAAACCUUACAAUUGUUCACACUGUGACAAGAGAUUCAAUAGGUUAGCAGACCUGGAAACACAUGAGAGGAUCCACACUGGAGUGAAGCCUUAUAAGUGUUCACACUGUAACAAGAGAUUUAGUCAGUCAGCACAUCUUAAAAUACAUGAGAGGAUCCACACUGGAGUGAAGCCUUAUAAGUGUUCACACUGUAACAAGCGAUUCAGUCAUUCAUCAAAUCUGAAAACACAUGAAAUGAUCCACACUGGAGAGAAACCUUACAAGUGUUCACACUGUGACAAGAGAUUCAGUCGGUCAACACAUCUGAAAACACAUAAGAUGAUCCACACUGGAGAAAAAUCUUACAAGUGUUCACACUGUGACAAGAUAUUUAAUAGGUCAGGAGACCUGGAAGCACAUGAGAGGAUCCACACUGGAGAGAAACCAUAU